AUGGGCCAAGUUCACUCGUUGUACAAUGGUCUUUCAUUUCUCACUGGGCGACUCUUGUCAAUCUUCGGUAUUCAACGCCUGCUAUUUGGUGGCAACAAACUGCUCUUUGAAGAAUCAAAAUCAGAGGACACUGCUGUGCACCUUCCCAAAACCACAUUCCAGUCACUUCCUGUGGAGAUAAUUCUUCAUAUCUUCUCUCAUUUGGAGCUCCAGCCAUACCUCUUCUCUCGUGGUGUAUGCAAAGAGUGGCUGCGUCUCCUUCCGCUGGCUGAUAUCCAUCCAGCACGGCGCCGUUUGAUUUAUCUGUAUUUGAAGAUGGUUAACACGCCGGAUUUUAUCAAUACCCGUACAUGGAUAGUUGACAAACUCCUGCCUUUCGAUCGCCAAGCAUACAUUGACUCCCUCCUGUGCCAAUAUCCAGCAAUUCCGGAAGAAUUUCGCAUCUGGCUUCUCGAGUGGCCAGAAAGAGCGACAAUAGAUUGUACCUGGCCCGGCCUACCGUUUGUUUCAUGCAAUGAUAUCAUUCCCAGCAAAAGGUCUGGUGUUAAUUGGAUGGCGUACAAAAGACAUUCACCUCAGCUACUCGCACCAGUUUAUAGGCAGUGCACUCCCUUUGCCAAGUUUGUCCCUGGACUUCUAAUUUGGAGACAAAGUGGUUUGACAGACUGGCUCAUUUUUGAUAAAGAUGAACCUGAAGUAUUUGGUCGUGUGUAUAUCACCGACCUUGUGGAAUUUGAAGAUCCAGCGGUCAUCCCUCAUGAACGACAAAAAAUGCUCGACGACGACGACGACCCCAUUCCUAUCUCCGUCAGUCCUGGUUCCGAUGAAGAAGACAACGAAUUCCGAGAAGAUCAUUCUCACGAACUAGAGGGAGCGGGCGACAAGGAUACAGAAGGCUAUCUCAACGUACCCCAUCCCGACUGGGUUGCCUAUUUAGAGAGCUGCUGGGCUGAGAAUGACAUUAGGCUGCAAUACCAUGGAGUGCCCAACCUGAUAAAUGACUAUCUUAUCCCUGAAUCUCAGGUGACUACGGAAUUCAACGGGUCUUGUGUUACUACACUCCCUGCUGUUCCGUGGAGCUUACGGGAAAGAUACACAGAAUAUCUUACGAAAUUUUAA